CUUGAAAUCAAACGUGUAAUGACGCAUCGUACACACACACACACACACACAUACACUCAGAGAUAACACAUUUUAAACUCCAUCUUAUAAGAGAUUGCUUGAGUUCAGACCUCAGUAUUUAUGUUUGCAGAUCACUGCAGGAAGAUGAGACUGUUAUUAUUUUAUAUACACUGCAGUGUGCUUGUGUUUCCUGUCUCAGGCAGUUUGGGAAGCUCUGCUGCACACAGGUGUUUCUGCAAGGUCACCGGUAGUCUGGACGACUGCGCCUGCGAUGUGGAAACAAUCGAUGAGUUCAACAACGAGAAGCUCUUCCCCCAACUUCAGAAACUCCUUUCGUCGGAUUAUUUCAGGUUCUAUAAGGUGAACCUAAAUAACCCGUGUCCGUUCUGGACAGACAGCGGCCACUGUGGUCUCCGAGACUGUGCCGUUAAACCAUGCACACCUAAUGAAGUACCUGAGGGGCUGAAAUCCAGCAGCUACAAGUAUUCAUUAGAGGCCAACCAGCACACAAAGGAGUGUGAAAUGGCAGAAAAGCUCGGCGCUGUCAAUAGCUCUCUAAGUGAUGAAACCCGGCAAGCUCUGCUCGAGUGGAACCGGCACGACGACGAGGCCGACCGUUUUUGCAUGCACGAUGAUGAAGAUUCUCCGGAUUCGCAGUAUGUCGAUCUCCUCCUGAACCCCGAGCGAUACACUGGAUAUAAGGGACCCGAGGCCUGGCAGAUCUGGAACAGUAUAUAUGAAGAGAACUGUUUCAAACCAUACACAGUUAAACGACCACUGAACCCUCUGGUGUCGAGCAGUGGAGAUAGUGAAGGAAGGGGAUUCUACAAAUGGCUGGAAGGUCUGUGUGUGGAGAAAAGAGCUUUCUUCAGGCUCGUCUCAGGACUGCACGCGAGUAUAAAUGUGCACCUGAGCGCCAGGUAUCUGCUGGAUGAUAACUGGUUUGAGAGGAAGUGGGGUCCCAACGUCACCGAGUUCCAGCUGAGGUUUGAUGAAGAACUGACGAAAGGAGAAGGACCCAAGCGUCUGAGGAACCUCUAUUUCCUUUAUCUGAUCGAGCUCCGUGCCCUGGUUAAAGUCCUGCCUUUCUUCGAGCGUCCAUCCGUCCAUCUUUACACAGGAGAGGCAGAACAAGACGAGCAGAUUAAAGAGCUGCUCGUAGGGCUCCUCCGUGUGGCCAAGUCUUUCCCGUUGCAUUUCGAUGAAACCACGCUGUUUGCAGGCGAUAAGACCGAAGCGGCAAAAUUAAAAGAUGACUUCAGGCGGACUUUUAAGAACAUCUCCAGGAUCAUGGACUGUGUAGGAUGCUUCAAGUGUAGGCUGUGGGGCAAACUGCAGACCCAGGGUUUAGGCACGGCUCUGAAGAUCCUGUUCUCGGAGAAGCAAAUUGAAACACUUCCUCAGUCCGGCAGCGCCAAACCGUCCUUCCAGCUCAGCCGGCAGGAGAUCGUUUCCCUCUUCAACGCUUUCGGGAGAAUCUCAACAAGUAUUCGAGAACUGAAGAACUUCCGGAAACUGUUAUCACAGCUCAAGCAAUAAGGCGAUCUCGGCCCGUUCCUGAUUGCUGUCUAUCCACCGAGACGUGUUCGACGCUCCAAGUUUUGCUUCUUUAGUUUUCUACGGGAAUCGGGAGAAGAUUGUAGCUACCAGUUUAGCACGUCAAGUAUUUGAACCAGACUCGUUUAUGUGCUUUCAGACACGUUGUUAUUAUCUAUUAAAAUGGAAGAAAUAAAAUAAAUAAAUAAAUAAAUAAGGUCGUCGCAGAAGUAAAAACAGUACUGACGGACAUUUCAAAGCUGAAUCGCAUGCUUUCUCAGCACAUGGCUCGGUGUCACUCGAUGCUGGUCGUGUCGUUUUCGGUGCGUUUAGGUGUGAUGCUCACUUGUUUAGCUCGAUCAGCUACGGAAGAAAACUUCAACCAACAAACAUGUCUUGGACGUUCGGUUACAAUUGGCGUGACGAAAACGAGGAGAAAAAAAAAGAAGUCUUUUUUGGCCCAACUGUUCGUUUAAGCUAGACUCGGGAAGCGGGGUUGAAAAUCAUGAGGAACUUUACAGUUGAAAGUCUCUGAGCUAGCGAGACAUCCUUCGAAACGUGCACAUCUGUCCGAGACCUUGGCGAUACGGCUACCCCUGAACACCCCGAGCACUUUAAUGACCGAGGGUUAAAUUUGAUCACUUAGCACAAUUUGCACUAUGGCUUAUCGAUGGAAUGUAUUUCGCAAUGAAGUUCGGAGGGAAAAUGAGAAUUACGACUACUCCCAGAUAGGAUUCAAGAAUAAAUGAAUAAAUAAGUAAAUAAAUAAAUAAAUAAAAAUUCUCUCAGGGAUUUAAAAGUCAAAAGUUUUUGAAACCGAUCCGAGACGACGGAUGUGGAAAUGAAACUUGUCAUUCUGGAGUCAGGCGCUGUUGACGAAUAAAGAUCAUUUUUGGGUGAUUUUUCUAUCGCAUACACUUUAAACUAUCGUGGUUUUUGUUUGUUUCUUCGUAUCACCGUACUUCAUGUCCACUGUUCGCGUUACGUAUUGUGAUAUUUAGUUGUACGUUUGAACGGAUACAUCAUCUUUACAAAAAUAAUAUAUUAAAGGACUAUAACAUGGGACGGGAAGUAAACAGUAAACACAUUUACAUACGCAUACAGAUGAUGUGAGAGAACCUGUAUUGUGACUUUUUUUUGUGUGUGAUAGUAAUAUAUUGUCUUUUUUUUUUUUUUUUUUUUUCUACCGCAAUUUGACAACAGCCAUGUAAACGUGUUCAUUCCUUAAUAAAAUUCUAUCCAUACGUUCA